AUGCUCUUGGCUAAUCAAGGGCAGGUACAUCAUGACAAGGACAAGGCCCAGCGGUACAUUGGCCUCCUUGAUACAGCGCGCGUGGCGGGGAACUGGCAAGACCUUCCAGAACUCAUCAGAAAAAUCCGGAAACAUGCUCCGGAUCGGAAAUGCUUAGUUGAGGUCGCGAGUUUUGAGCUCGAAAUCGCCAACUAUGCGAGUCGAAGACCUGGCACCGCAAACCGUAGUUCGACUCUGCCAGACUCCCGAGUCUCUGCUCUCGAAACACAACUACGCGCGAAUGGGCAGUCGUUUGAAGAGGUUGUGCAGGGCCAUACGUCCCUGCUAUGGGCUCGUUGGCUUGGCCUAUUACAAACAGACAAGUCGAUCCUUCCGCCCGACCUCAAUCCUUCUCGAACCGCUGCCGAUGCCACUUCUAUAUGGACCAAGAUCUGUGUGGUCAAAAGCGUAUACAUGGGGGGAAUGCUGCUGGGUCAGGCCGGCGACGAAAAGAAUGGAGGAGAUUUACAUAGCACACUUCUUCCAUGGCUGGACUCAAAUCGAAGCCUGAUCAUCUCAACCCCUCAACUGCUGUACUGGGCUCAGCAGCUCCUUGCUCGUGUCGCACUUGGCUUCCAUCAACCUCACGAAUCCGGUGCUCCCACAGCUAGUUCUGAUGAGUCUUUGCCAUUCCGCCUCCAGGCAUAUCGUCAUUGGGCAGUGUUGGCCGUCAGAAAUCAAGACAUCUCGCCCUCGACAUACGGUAACGGGCCUGGUCAUCUGUCGAAACUUGCGGUUUGGCGUUCUUACUAUCGGUUUUUGUCAGCUAUCCUGCAGCAGGGCCCAAAGAGUCUCCAAGUAGCCUCCAUCACUCGUCCGGACCUGGCAACAGAAUUGCGUCGAGCGGAGACGACUUGCGAGAAUGAGCUAUUACGACAUACCCAGUUCCCAAGAGCCCACGAGUCCAACACUGUCAUCGAAGAGUGGGUGGAAGAGGCAAUACACAACUGGCACGUUCUUUGCGGGCCAGAUUGGUCAGAUUCAGAUCUAGGAGAGGGCGGCCGCAACUCGGUUGGGCGAAACGUGCUUGACAUGCUAUAUCGGGCUGCGACAAAGACUUUCCACUCCACACUUAUCCUAAGGCGACUGUUUCAAGUACACAAAGCCCUGGCGGAUUUUGACCUCGCUUAUAAGGCUUUGGAUACAUACAUCGAGCUGAUGGAUCGGGCACGUGCUCGAGAGGCCAAAUCUGAAGGGCCGAGUAGUGACAGAGACAGCCAUGAGGUUUUCUUGAGAACAAUUGCAGAGGGAAUUGAGGGUCUUUGUGCAUUCGGACGGCGACCCGAAGCUGAGAAGGCAUAUGAAUUGUGUUUAAAGCUCGAAGAUCUUAUGGCAGAACUUGGAUCUGCAUCGUCCGAUCUCAUCCCGAAUGGUUCGGAAGCGCCAAAUGGAGCUUUGCAGACCAACGGCUCCGGACCACAUCCUCUAUCCGGUGCUUUGAUAGAGUUGACCUACCGGGCCAUUGGCAUUGCGAAGUCCCAGUGGGCUCGAUGGACUCCGUUCAGCGAACAUAGGUCAGCUCUGCAAUCGGAGGCUCUCCAAUGUCUUCACAAGGCUGUGGCGCAGACACUCCCCCCCCAUCAGCAAUUAGAAUCACUCUACGCACUUAGCCGGUUGCUCGCAGAGACGCGUGACAUUGACCGAGCAAUUGCAGUGGUGAAAAAAGUCCUGACAUCCGAGUUGGCCGAAGACACAGCGGCUCACUCCUUUCGAAUACCACGGCAGCUAUUGCCUUUCUGGCACCUGUUAGCCCUUCUGCUCACAUCGCGGCAGGACUUUGAGAAUGCGAGCCAGAGCUGUGUUGCUGCACUGGCUCAAUUUUCGCCGGCCGAUGUCAUGUUUGGCACUCUAGCUAGCGGAGGAGAAAAAACGUCAAUCGCAGGGCAGAAGCCAGGACUAGUGGACGACAUGGAAUGCGAGGAACUUCAAAGGAUUCUUGAGAUUCGAAUCACGGAACUUGCUCUGACUGAACUGAUUGAAGGGCCGGACAGUGCCGUCAACCGUAGCAAUGAGUUGCUGGCAUUGUAUUCUCGGCUCUUCGGCCGGUUUGGGGGCCUUGCUGGGACGGAGGAGACAUCAAGGACAAGGAACGUGGAGCCCCCCAAGAGUUCCGCCGGUACGGUGAAGAGCGUUCGAGGCAGUCUUUUCUCUCGGCGAAGGAUAGGACGUGAAAUUGAGAAAGGGCCUAAAGCGAAGGAAGCACCAUCGGUCGUGGAAGAGAAGACGCGGCCCAAUUCUCUGCCGUCGCACGCACCGGCCAUUCAAGUUACGAAUGAGGACGAGAAACGAUUACCGCACAAGCACAAGAUCUUUCCUCUAUCUCACGAGCAUGAGCAUGAGCAUUCCAGAGAGGAGAAACCUAGGCGGCGCCUGUCCCGCUCGCGGAGUCGAGGCAGGAAAGACACCAGUCACCGGGACAGCACCAGACAAUCCUUCGAAGCGAGCCGUGAGACGACAUCGAACUCUCGUCCCGGGGGGGAAACGGCUCAAGUCCUACCCGAAGUGCAAUCUCUCUCCUCACAGAACGUGCCGGUUGUGCCAGUGUCGGCGAACCAUGACUAUAGCCAAGAAGCCAAACAGCCGUUGAAGGAGAUUCAUCACAACCUUGCAUCUCAUAAUGAGCUGCCCCGACCGGCUCGCCAUGAAAGUCAGCCGCCACAGCAGGAUGUACGACUACCCCUGGCAGGGUCGCACACGACUCAGACGGAUGCGGUAGCGCGGUUCCCGGCAGCCACGUCGCAAAGAUUUGCGCUUACGGUGCUUGUGAAGAUUUGGUUAAUUAUCGCCACAUUAUACCGACGGGCCAGCAUCUUUGACGACUCACGAGAAGCAUGCGACGAGGCAGCGAAAAUUGCGAUGAAGAUCGAGGGCAUGGUUGCCAGUGUGGAGAGUUCAGCACGAGCGUUCGGUGACGCUGGAUGGGGCGGCAACGGCAAAAGCUCUGAUGAGAUCUGGGCUGACGUGUACUACGAACGAGCCGAGUUGUCGAUGGCCAUUGCACGGGCGAGAGAGGAGAAAGAGGGCCAGGGGUACAGCGAGGCAGUUCGAGAGGCGGCAGAUCAGUACGAACAGUGUCUGAUGUACCUUGCCGACCACGCUGGGGGUAUCGUGGGGUUGAGUAAUGUGCUUCUGGACUACUACGAGCGCAAAGUGGAGUUGGCGACAAGGAUAGACGGCGGAAAAGGCCAGGUGGACGAAGGGCUGGAAGAGAGAUCGCGGCGACACAAGCGAGAGUUGAGCCGGAAUUCUGAGGGGCCCGCGGUCAAUGGCAUGACUGAUGCAGAUGGACCGCCCGGCCCAGCCACCGGCCCGACAGCGGCACCGGGAUCAGCAGCGACCCAUUCAGGCGGGACGAAAGAUGACGAACUCAAAAAGACGCCGGACAACCUCAACCGGCUUGCGGCGCGAGAUCGCGCAUAUGGACUGUUGUCGGCGUUGACGAAACAAGGGUCUGGCUGGGACAACUCAGAGGCAUGGUUCGCCCUGGCGCGAGCACAUGAACUGGGGGGAGAGAUCGACCGGGCGAAAGAGAUCCUGUGGUGGUGUGUCGAGUUGGAAGAUACGCGGCCGAUACGACAUUGGACGAAUGUGGGAUGCAGCGGAUAUGUGCUAUAG